AUGCCCACAUCGCCGCGGGUGCAUGGACAAGAAGGAGCACCGCAGCACAUUCUCAUGCCAUCGACACCCAGUCUUCAGUCAGACGGCCGUUCGCCGAGCCAUGGAGACCGACACGACUCCCACUCGCCGAAGCCAUCCGAUGUUCACGACCGAAGUGAAACAACAACACCCGCAGCAUCGCAGCCGCGAGAUGGAAAUGCAAUACGCUUGAUCGCCGUCGACGAGGUCACACUAUCGAGGCUACAGACAUGUGAAUCGCAUUUGUUGAAAGAGCUUGGCAAAAUAUCCGCCGCGCGAGCUACCAUCACGCGACUGAGUUCGGAGAAACACCAUCAGAUAGCAGCUUGCCUGUACACCAAUGGCUACAUGAAAGAGAGUCGGCAUGCUCUGGAUCAACAGAUACACACUUUGCUCGCGCCCUCGGUCGCCCUGCCGGGUGCAGCGUUGCCCGAAGAGUAUUGGGCACACGAGCAGGAAUACGUCAGUCUAGACCAGAAGGCAUCUGGGCUGACUGCUGCCACCAUAGACCCUUCGGUUGAUUCGCUACAUGAAACGUACAGUGUCUACCACCAGGAUCAUCUUGAUCUAGAUCGCCAAUUGCGAGAAUUGCAAGAUACCGAGCAACACAUGUUGAGAGUUCAGGGCCGCCUGCAAGAGAAAGAUGAUGCUGUACAGGCUAAUGUGCGCGAGCUACUAUCCAUGCUGAAACAACUAGGAUUGUCCGGGCGUACUGAGGAUAACCUUGACGGAGUCUCCCAUCAUGGCUCCCAACACUCUUUGUCAGUUCGUCUCUCAGAACCGGAGGUCCACCCCCUGGCUCAAGCUUACUACGACGCCUGUGGAUACGUCAAUAUUCUACACGAGAGAUUGAUGAAGGCGAGGGUAGAGUACGACGAGGAACGUGGAUAUCGUGCUCUACGAGUAGACCGUGAUGAAGUGCUCAGCGUUUCAGAUAGCUGCUUUGAGAGGAGCUACGAAGAACAGUUCUUGCAAGCCAAGCAAAGUUUAGAUGCUGCAGUCGUAGAUGAGGGGCUAGCUAGGGAAGCUUACGCUGCAAUAUCAGCGGAUCUCGACGCGCAGCCUGAUAAUACGACUUUGCGCGAAGAGCGCUCGAUCAAAAUGGCGGAAAAUUGGGCCACAGGCACCAAUCCUCUUGAGGAGUACGCCGAGUUCCCCCAGGAGUUCCAAGCAAAUCCAAGUGAGAGACCCUUGAACCGCUCGAGGCAUUCAGUACAAGAUCUGAUGCAUCUUCCUGAUGCCAAAGUACAGCCAGAAGCCUGGCCUAUAGCGUUGGAAGCGCAAGAGCAGAAUCUCCGACGAAUGCAGCUGCAGUUCGCCAGCUCAGCGCCAGACAUAAGUAGCCCUGACGCUGGGAAGUCCUCGCUCAGAACUGGGCGCAGACAAUCGUUCACGACUCUUACGGCUCUUGCGCGGGAGGAUGUCCGACCUACACGCCACGAUUCUGGCCAAGUCGACAUGAAAUUGGACGUGAGACUACCGGGCGCGCCGACCUGA